UACGGCGGCCGGCGCGGGCCAGGUCGCGCGUUCCGCGCAGGGCCGGUGGGCAGCAUGGAGGGCGGGCGGCGCGGGGAGGCCGCGGCGGCGGCAGGGGACGGGCCCGGGCCCGUGUUCACCCUGGAGGAGGUGGGGAAGCGCAGCUCCAGCCGCGAGGCCUGGCUGGUGAUCCACGGGCGCGUCUACGAUGUCACCCGGUUCCUGGAGGAGCAUCCAGGUGGAGAAGAGGUGUUGCUGGAACAGGCUGGCAGAGAUGCCACAGAGAGCUUUGAAGAUGUGGGGCAUUCCACGGAUGCCAGGGAAAUGCUCAAGCAGUACUACAUCGGGGAGGUGCACCCGCAGGAUCGUAAAAACGAAGGUUCCAAGAAGCCAAGUAUGACAUCCUCAGGCCAAACAAGUUUCUGGUCGACAUGGCUAAUCCCGAUCUUCGGAGCGCUGGUCUUAGGUUUAAUGUAUCGCUAUUACAUGGUGGAUGGGAAAAGCUCCUGAGCUGGCCUUGCUGGGACCUCAGACAGCCUGAAAAGAGGGAGUGAGAGAGAGUCUGUGUGUGCAACACGUGGAGUUCUGCUGCCCUUAACCUGCCUGCCUGCCUUUUAGCUCUGAGUCUGUCAGGUGAUGUUGAUAUCCAUGGGACCAACCUAAUUCCAAACUCUGUCCUAAAUCUAGGACCCACAGACCUGUUGUACUUUCCUCUUGCAGUGGCAGGGAAAGAGGAACUUCCCGGUGUUCCCUGAUGUUGGUGUGAUCUCCCUUGUGCACGCUCUCUCUCUUUCUCGCUCUCUGACGUAACCCCCAGACAACGUUUUUCUCUCAAUGCCUUUUCGUUAAGCCAGACACCGUGAAAGAGCUGCCCUGGGCUUGUGGCUCUGCCUCAGCCCUUCACCCAGUCAGCAAUCAUCUGCCAGUUGUCUCCAGCCCUUGCCAGGAAAGAUGUCCGGAGCUUUGGUUCUGUGGGAUGGUUCCCAGUGUGUGCAGGCAACACUAACUGGAGCAGCAGGGAAUUGUUUGCUUGGCCACCUCUUUCUGUAUGUGUCUGUUUUUAACGGUUAAACAAAUAUAUGGAUUUUAAAAGUGAUUCUGUUCAUUUUGUAAUAUUUGUACUUGUCCCUUUGGAAUGUAUAUCCUGUGAACAGCUUACAUUGAAUCCUCGUUGGUUUUGGCGCUUUUGUGCUGUGUGUGGCAGAGCCAGGAAUGGGAACUGACAUGUGGCUUCUGGAAAUGCAGAUUCUUCUUUCUCCCUGAGGUCUUGAUCUGACACAUGUACUGGAAACAAAACUCCUUCUUAUGUGCUGUGAAUGUGCACCAGAUGGGGGGAAACAAAUAAAUCUGGUCUCUUCUCCUGAAAUGAAAAGGGAAAAGCUACGCAUUUGGGAUUUGUGGAUAAUGUUGGCUUUGUCUCAGGACAGAGGAGGAUAUUUUCCUCUUCCCCUGAUUUCAUGUGUUGUGCAGUUCCUCGCAGCACAGACAACGCAGGUUUGCUUCCUGUGCUGGGACGGGAAUCUUUCCAGCUCCUUCAGCACAUUGGUCUGUGGCUUUGGGAUCUGCUAAACAAACUGGUAUCCUGGUGCCUGCUGCCCUUUGGCAGGGCUGUGCCAGUGACACUGCCUCCCAGUCCAAACCUUCAACUCAGCUAGUCAUCUGGAAUUCCCUCAAAAAGGGCAGCAAUACAUCAGGUCCUGCUGUUAAAACCUCCUGUGAGUUGUGGGUUUUCUUCUCUCUUGCAUGAAAAUACUGUGUUCCCCAGAAGGUCACGUAGAAGAAAUUCUUGGAUGUGGAAUUGCACUCUGCUUUUUAAAAUGAAGGCCAAGGAACUGGGAGUGAGAGCCCUGCUGGGGCUGCCUCAUGUCCCUUCCUCCCCUCCAUGGGUGUGGGCCUGGCACCGCAGAAGCAUCUCAGGUUUUGGCACUCCCAGUUUUACCAGGUGCAGAAGUCCCCAUAGAGGUCUGUCUUCCACAGGAUUUUUUUCACUCCCACUGAUGGUUUUGUCUCUUACAGGGAAUUUCCAGGGAAAUCUGGAGUUCCCAGAAGAAGGAGCUCUUGGAUAUCUCCUGCAGCUCCAGCUGUCCCUGCUCCUGCUUGGCUGCUUUGGGGGUUGAGUUUCUGUUUAUUCUCUCCUGACAUGAGUGUGGCAGAAGAGUGUAAAUCUGAGCCAAGGAAAAUCCCUGAGGAAUUUCUGAUUAGCUGCAUUUUACAGGAUAGAGAUGCCAGGCCACACAGCCAUAGGUUAACAUCGGUCUUAAAACGGAUCAGGCACUGUAAGGGUGUGGAAAAUAGAUUGUAUCUAUCAGAGGCUUUUUGAUCUCGAGGACAGUGGUCCUACAAAGGCCACUGGUUAAAGCCUGAGCAGUUCAAACUGGGAAGAGGUGCUUUCUCGUGUUAAUCACAAAAUCAUGAUCCAUGAACACAAGUUGUGGGGGGAUUUAGAGUGGGUUCUGUAUCAGGGGAAUGUUUUGAAGCUGGAAGGCACGUGUUGGCCAAAGCAUCACCCUGCUGAGUCGGGGUCACUCAAGGCAGUGUAGGGCUUCACAAUGGUCAGCUGGUUUGGAUCCAGGACUGUUGGGUUCGCCUGAGGAACAGGGAUGGUGUGAUGGUGCAAACGUGUCUGUUUUCUCCAUAGGCAUCACUUUUACCUGGAUUUUGAAUUUAUUUUUUUUAAUACUGUUUUCCUGGCGCUCUCUACAUUUAGUUCCAUUUUGGCUGUCUAAAUAACUUCUUGCCAUCAUCAUUCCCUCUGCUCUGAUGAAGCUGCCUGUCAAUCCCAUAUGUUAUGGAGCCACUUUUUCCUUUUAAUGGAUUAACUGCCUGGGGGAGACCCUCAGUCUUGUUCCAGUGCAUCCUAGGAGCUGGUAGGAUCCUUGUCCCCUGCCUUGUGGAACCCCAAGUAGUCUCUGCUGGCUCCUCGAAGACCUCAAGGUGCUUGAGAUGCAUUUACAGAAGCCACAUCAAAGUCUUCCCACUUCUCCAUUAAUGACACAGGGUGGAUUGUCUGGGAUGGAGGGGGGCUGGUGUGAGCCCGGUGUCCUGGUGAACACUCCUCAUUCCAUUCUUCUGGCUGGCUCAAGGAGGGUCCCACAGGUGUGAAACUGCUCAGACAACAACGGAGGCAUUAACAAAGCUUGUUUACUUGUUUUGUUUAAGGAUUAAAGCAGACAAUUCCAAAGCUCUGUCCUUACGCUGACCCCGCACAGCCCAUGUUUGCCCGCACAAUGCUGGUGCUGGCUCGGCUUCCACCCCACAGAAACCUCUGGGGGUGAAAUCCAAGCUGGGCCGUGCUUUGCUUCCUUCAGGUGCUGCAGAGGAGUUGAGUGAAUAGCUGGAAACAUGAGCCUGGAGGCAGCUCCCACGGUUAAUGUGAGCGUGGUGGGGCUGCCAGGUAGCACCAGGAGAGCUGUGCUGGCCUCUUCCCCUCUGCACCACCCCAGAUGCCUUGACAAAGCAGAAUGUAACUGUUAAUUGGGCUCAUGGUUUGUUGAAGGAGCGCUGGGAGGUCUGAGGGUGUUCCUGGGGGGGUGUGAUGCUUUGUUCUGAGACAGGAGCACCCACAAAAAUGCCAUUUCUUGUACCUGGAGAUUGUGUGCCCAGCAAGAGGUGCCGGGCUGUGUUUGCUGUGCUCAAUAAAGGUGUACAACAACCA